AUGGAAUUUUUCCCGACUUAUGGGAUGUUGUUGAAGUAUGAGUUGCCAAAUUUGCAUCUUCCUGCCAGAUUUUUCUGCCCCACAUGUCCAUAUGUUAGCCAAAUAGAGCAGAAGGUCAAGAUCAAAAGAAAGCAAUGUUUGGUUAAAAAGGAGAUUGACCCUAUCAUCACCCAAGAUGACAUGAAGAAUGCACCAAAAACAGCUCAAGAUUGUGGUCACAACAAGGCUGCAUACAUCCAGUUUCAAACAAGGUCGGCUGAUGAACCCAUGACAAUAAACUUCACCUGUAAGAAAUAUGGUAAAUGCUGGCGUGAGGACUAA